UCCUCACUCACCUAACCUCAAAAUCAAAGUUUUCGUCCACCAUCAAAAUAAAUUUGUUUUGUUUACUUUUUUUGAUAUUUUCGGAUUAUUUUAAAUGAAUAGUAAAGUGUAAUCACUAACAUUGUAUUCUUACGUUGCAGUUCGUUUUUUGUUGUUGCAAUACAGAAAUCAGUGGUCUCAAAAUCUUUUUCUCUCAAUGCUAAAACAAUGAUUGCUUAUUCAGUCUUAAGGAGCUUAACAAGGCAACGUUUUUUUACGGCUUGUAGAAGUUUAUCUAAGAAAACUACUAAUGACCUAUCAACAAAUACCAAUUCUGAUACUACAUCCUAUGAAUCAACACAUCAACACAUUGCCCCCCAGGAUGAAGAAGAGGAAAUCUUAGAUGUAUACAGGGAAAGAUUGAAAUAUUCCCCAAUUCUAGAACAAGAGGAAGUAGAAAUAGAAGACAGAUUCAGGGGCCUAAAUUUGAAUCAUGGACUCUUUGGGGUUUUUGAUAUUGAAGACCUAGUUGAAACACUCCAGCAACAAAAUGGAGAAGAUGUUUUUGUUGCAAGUGUUCCUAAAGAUAUUAAAUAUGUUGAUUAUAUAGUAGUGGUAUCAGGCAGGUCACACAGACAUAUGCAAGGUAUUGCUCAAACAGUAAGAAGGCUUUAUAAAAUUAAAAGAUACAGUUCAGACAUAAUACCUAAAUUGGAAGGAGAAACUUCACCUGAUUGGAUGGCAAUGGAUUUAGGAAAUAUAGCUUUACAUAUUUUUUCAAAGAAGGCAAGGUCCUUGUACGAUCUUGAUUCACUUUGGGCAGUAGGAUCAAAAUAUGAUGAAGAAUUUAAUAAAAAAGAACCUAUUUCAAAUUUAUUAGAAAAUUACUCUUUAGGUUCUUUGGAACCUGCAAAAUAACAAGAUGUUAUCAGUAGAGUGAUUGUUUGUUAGGUACAUUAUUGUUAUAAAAAACUAUAGUAGACUUAUUUUGUUUGUUAUUUAUUAUUUAAAUAAAUAACCUGCUUUUAUAAAA